UUCUGGAGUCUGAUGGCUGCUGGCAUGGGCCCUUGGUGGGCUCUGUUGCUUUUCCUGCCCCAAGUCCUGCAGGGCCAGAACUCAACUCCACCAGGCUCUCCUGGGCUGAAGAGCUUCCACAGUGACCAGUUCCAGGGGGAGUGGUUUGUCCUCGGCCUGGCGGGCAAUGCCUUCAAGAGGGAGGACCGGGAGUUGCUGAAUCCCUUCAUCACAAAUUUCGAGCAGAAAAGCAACAACCAGCUCGAGGUAUUCAACUCCAUGACCCGGGGCAAGCGCUGUGACACAUGGUCUUAUGUGCUGAUCCCCACGGCCCAGCCUGGAAAGUUCAUUGUGGACAACCAAGGUGAGAAUGACAUGGCAGACAGCGAGGACGUGCAGGUUAUGGAUACUGAUUACACGAAUUUCGCCCUGGUGCUGUCCCUCAGACAUACCAGCAGCAGGACCAUCUCCAGGGUCAGCCUUCUUGGUAGAAGCUGGAGGCUGCCUUUUGGAACAUUGGAUAAGUUCUUCUGCCUGGCCCAAAACCAAGGCCUCACAAAGAAUAACCUCAUGUUCCCUGAUGAGACUGGCUGGUCACCCCAUCUGGAUGGCUGCUGAAAGAUAAAGCAUUUCCUGCCAGCAUGCUCCCACUCCU